AUGCCUAUGCGAUGGUGCCCAGUCCGCCCAGUCCGCCCAGUAUGCGAAUGCAAUGCCUGGACUCUCCCCAAUGCCACCGGUCCAAACGACGCCUCGGUUGCAUCGACUGUUUCGGCGGUCUCGUCUGUGCAAUUGUGGACCGGCCCCCUCCUCGCGCUCUUCAACGUGUUGGCCUGUAUUGGAUGGGCCGCCGCGAAUAUCAUCGUCGGAGCUCAAUUGAUCAAUGCAGUCAACCCGAAUGUCCCCGGCUAUGCGGGAAUCCUAAUCAUUGCAUUUUGUACUCUUUUGAUUGUUUUCUUCGGCUACCAAGUCGUCCAUGCCUACGAAUACUGGAGUUGGAUUCCAACCUUCGUAGUAUUUCUGGUGGUCCUGGGCGUUCUAGCCCGCUCAGGCGAUUUUCUCAACCUCUCGAUGGGGGGAGGACGUGCAGAAUUAGGUGCGGUGUUGUCGUACGGAUCGACUGUUUUUGGAUUUGGAACAGGAUAUACGAGCUUUGCCGCCGACUAUACGGUCUACCAACCCAGUAACCGGCCGAAGCGCAACGUAUUUUUUGCGACGUGGCUUGGGAUCUUCCCAACUUUGCUGUUCACCGAACUUCUCGGCGCCGCCCUUGUCACCGCCACUGCUCAUAAUGGGGGCGACAAUGCUUAUCAACAAGGAUAUGACGAUGCAGGGGUAGGCGGCCUCCUGGGCGCUCUCUUAUUCCCCAGAACUGGAGGGUUCGGCAAAUUUUGUGUGAUCGUUCUGGCCUUGUCGAUCGUGGCCAACAAUUGCCCAAAUAUCUAUUCGGUCUCUCUCACUCUCAUGGUCAUGGGUCGUUGGACCCGACAUGUUCCCCGAUUCGUGUGGACUGUGGUGGCCACUGGAGUCUACAUUGCGAUCGCAAUCCCAGGGUACAGCCACUUUGAGGCCGUUUUGGAAAAUUUUAUGCAUUUUAUUGGAUAUUGGUUAGCCAUAUAUGAAGGCAUCGCACUCACGGAGCAUUUUCUGUUUCGCCGGGGGUUUUCGGGAUAUUGCCCGGAGGACUAUGAUGUGCGAGACAAGUUACCGCCCGGUAUUGCAGCAUUGCUUGCAUUUUGCUGCGGUGUCGUAGGUAUGGUAACAGGCAUGAGCCAGUCAUGGUACGUCGGAACCAUCGCCCGGACCGCUGGCCCGGGAGUAUCAGGAGGUGACAUUGGCUUUGAGUUGGGGUUCGCGUUCGCUGCUGUGUCUUAUGCUAUUCUGCGCAUGAUUGAAUUGAGAAUCUUCAAGCGAUAA